CCCAGAUCGCUCUCGCCUUCUCCAACUACCCCAGCACACCACAUCGAAUCGACUGCUGAAUAGGCGCUCAUCAGAAUGGCACCACUCGUAUACUUGGUCAGCGCUGCAUCGAGCGGCUUUGGCAAAGGCAUAGCACUUGAAGCUCUCAAACGCGGCCACAAGGUUAUCGCAACCGCUCGGGACAGCACCAAAAUAUCAGACCUCAAAGAAAAAGGCGCUGUAACACUUGACCUAGACGUAACCCAACCCCUCUCCGAACUCCACACCAUCAUCGCCUCAGCCCACAAACACUAUGGCAAAUUCGACAUCCUAAUCAACGCCGCCGGCUUCAUCCUCGAAGGCGCCCUCGAAGAAGCCUCCCCCUCCGAAACCCUCCAAUCCUUCAACGUCAACGUCUUCGGAGUCCUAAACCUCACCCGCGCAGUCCUCCCCUACAUGCGCGCCCAAAAAUCCGGUACAAUCGCACACUUCGGCUCCAUCGGUUCCUGGCGCGGAGUUCCAGGCGCAAGCAUUUACGGGGGCGUCAAAUGGGCCAUUGCCGGUCUCACGGAAUCCUUGAGAGCAGAAGUUGAACCUUUGGGAAUCGAUGUGAUUUCUAUCGAGCCAGGGUAUUUUAGGACGGGAUUUUUGAAUCCGGGUGCGAGGCAGUUUACUGAGAAUAGGAUUCAGGAUUAUGAUGAUACUUUGGUCGGACAGGUAAGGAAGGCUUUGGAGGAGAAGGAUAAUACGCAACUUGGGAAUAUUGAAUUGGGGUGCUCUGCGAUUGCUGAUGUGCUUGAGAAACGUGAUGGGAGAGCUAUUCCUCCUCGACUCGCUUUGGGGAGUGAUGCGUAUAGUGUCAUCAGAGCCAAGUGUGAGGAGACUAUCCAACUUCUUGACGAGUGGAAAGAGGUUACCAUUUCCACGGACCAUGCGGAGGGUUCAUGAGGCUUCACAGACAAAGGCGAGCAGCGCGAAUUGAUACGUAGCGAUGUUGUGAUAGGUACA